AUUCAUUCAAUCAAACCUUUCCAAAGUUUUCUUGUUUGUUUGCUUAGAAAAAGAAAAAGAAAAUUUUCUUUCUGAUUUAUUUUACCUAAAUCUACCAGAAAUCAAGGACUCCUACGCCUUAAUCAUCCGUAACACUUCUCAUAGAGCUUUAGGUAAUUUCUGAAUUUUCCCUUCUCCGAUUUUGGUUGACAUUUUCUACUAUUCAAAGCCCUAAUUUUUAUACAAAUAUAUCUCGCCAAAUUUUUGUUUUGUUUUUACUUUUGUUGUAUCGUUUAAGAUUUUCGGUCGAGGUUUUUUCUUCUCUCUCUCUCUCUCCCUGCGUCUCCAUGGCUGUCGCGUCUGAGGAAGCUCAAAGCAUUUGCAGUCACUGUGACAGAGCUAUCCCUUCUUCAAAUAUUGAUUUGCAUUUUGCUCAUUGCUCCCGCAAUCUUGAAAGAUGUAAAGUCUGUGGUGAUAUGAUUCCGAGAAGGCAUGCUGAGGAACAUCACUUAAACACUCAUGCCCCGGUAGCUUGUUCACUAUGUAGUGAGACAAUGGAACGAGAAAUACUAGCCAUCCAUAAAGGUGAAAACUGCCCCCAAAGGAUUGUCACCUGUGACUUUUGCGAGUUCCCAUUACCUGCAAUUGAUUUAGCUGAACAUCAGGAAGUAUGUGGGAACCGAACAGAACUUUGUGCUCUUUGUAGAAGAUAUAUUAGGCUCCGAGAAAGAUGCAACCACGAAAUUAGAUGCAAUGGUGCCCUAGACAAUGUUGUCGAGUCUUCCAGGGAUGUGAGGCCAGCUGAAAGAGAGCCAGGUGCUCCGAGACGACAGCCACCACCACAUGAGUUUUCGCGAAGACGUCUUAUAUUUACCAUUGCCAUUACUGGGAUUGCUGUCCUAAUAGGGUCUCUUUUUCUCCAGAGGAAAUGAUAAAAUAUAUUGGUGUUAUGUAUAUUUCUUCCAAGCUUCCAUUAUCGGUAUCUUAAAUUAUAUGAGAUUAUAAUUCUGGUGUUUGUAUUUAAACUCGUCAUUGAGAUUGUGAUAGUAUACUGACAGCCGCCUCCCAAUAUUUGCCACUCCCAA